CGACGUUGCAUUCAAGUUGCUUCCAAGUGUUCUUUCUUCUUCUGCCUUGAAAUCAAACAAGAGGUCAUCAUGGUGUCACUGGGACGACAAAUGCUGGGUUUCAUCUUGGCCAUCAUUGGCUUCCUAGGCACCAUCAUCAUAUGCGCGCUGCCCAUGUGGAAGGUGACGGCCUUCAUCGGCGCCAACAUCGUGACGGCGCAGGUCAUAUGGGAGGGCUUGUGGAUGAACUGUGUGACACAGAGCACAGGCCAGAUGCAGUGUAAGAUCUACGACUCUCUACUGGCUCUGCCUCAGGACCUGCAGGCCGCCAGGGCUCUGGUGGUCGUCGCCAUCAUCGUCGGUGCAGUAGGAAUCCUCCUGGGCAUCGCCGGGGGCAAGUGCACCAACUUUGUGAGCGACAGGACCGCCAAAACCAAGGUGGCCCUCGCCGCCGGGGUCGUCUUCAUCUGCGCCGGUGUUCUGGUCCUCAUCCCCGUUUCCUGGUCGGCCAACACCAUCAUCAGGGAUUUCUACAACCCCAUUCUGACCAACGCUCAAAGGCGGGAGCUGGACAACACCAUGGUCUCCAUGGGCAUGCAGAUGGCCGGCUGCGUCCUGGCUCUUUUCGGCUGGAUCGGUGUGCUGAUCGUGUGCGGCUCGCCCAUGUGGAGGGUGACCGCCUUUAUCGGCAGCAACAUCGUCACGUCUCAGACCAUAUGGGAAGGUCUGUGGAUGACCUGCGUGGUCCAGAGCACGGGACAGAUGCAGUGUAAGGUCUACGACUCCAUGCUGGCCCUCACCACUGACCUUCAGGCCGCCCGGGCACUGGUGAUGGUCUCCAUCUUAGUCGGCGUGGCGGGACUCCUGGUCGCCUUUGCCAGCGGGAAGUGCACCAGCUUCAUUUCGGAGGAACGUGCCAAGGCGAGGGCGUCUGUAGCCGGCGGUGUCCUGCUGAUCAUCAGCGGAUUGUUGUGCAUUAUUCCCGUGUCCUGGACCGCCAGCAUCAUCAUCAGGAACUUCUACAACCCUUCCUUAGUGGACGCCCAGAGGAGAGAGCUGGGGUCCUCCCUUUACAUCGGAUGGGGGGCGGGAGGGCUGCUGCUGUUGGCAGGGGCCCUCCUCUGCGCCAGCUGCGUCCGCAAGAGGAAUGAGGCAACCGAUUACCCUCUGAACAGGUCCGUGGGAGAAUACCGUCCACCGUACUCAACGGGCUCGUACACGCCGACAAAGACUUACAUUUGAGCUUCCGGAGACGCAGACAAUAAAAAACGGACAAUGAAGGACUUUUAGUCCACAAGCAGGACUUUUAUUUAUGAUUGAACGGAUGAUGAUGCUUCCGCCUGACAUGAUGUUACUUAUCUUACAACAUAUAUCCUUAACUUUGGUUCCAGGAAACUCAAACCAUAUUCUUUCCACGGUAUAACGUGUUUAUCAGGCAUGAUUUCAUCAGAAUAAAUGAUCUCUCGCAGGUUCUCGUGUGUUUUGAAACAUUUCCCCUCGGGUUAUUUGAACCCCACGCUGGGUAGAACCUGUUUGUCCGCUCCUGACUCAGGGAUCACGAUCCGCUUUGGGAGCAGACUGAAUGAUGACUCAGGCACUCACAAUCUCUGACAAACAUUGCCUUAUUUUUUCAAGUUUCACACUUCUGAUGUUAGUUUCACUAAAGACACUUUUUUUUACACUUACUUUUUGUUGAUCCUGACAACUUUCUGUCAUAUUUCCAUCAUUCAUUGCAUACUGUACAUCUGAUAUCAAGGUGUUGGUUGGUGAUACUUAAGCUUUACUGUAUGUAUUUAGCGCCCUCUAGUGGCAGUUUUGGUCCAUUCCAGCACAAACCUAAUACAUUUGGAGACUUACAGUAUGUUGUGUAAAAUAACUGAGUGGACAGAAGGAUAUUUUGGAAUGCUGCUUAUAACAGUUAAUUUGAUGUAUACAAGCGAAGUGAAUUAUAUUUAUAUAGCGCUUUUCUCUAGUGACUCAAAGCGCUUUACAUAGUGAAAACCCAAUACAUUAAAACCAGUGUGGGUGGCACUGGGCGCAGGUGGGUAAAGUGUCUUGCCCAAGGACACAAUGGCAGUGACUAGGAUGGCAGAAGCGGGGAUCGAACCUGGAACCCUAAAAUUGCUGGCACGGCCACUCUACCAACCAAGCUAUACCGCCCCACAAUACAAAAAAAAGAGCCAAUUAAAGUGUAAUUGUUUUAUUUCAAUCCCUGUAAUGAUGGGUCAGAUCAGUUCAAUUAGUAAAUAUUUUCAGUGUCUUCCACAGAUCUAUUUGAGGUGGUCAGAGCCUGACCUGGGCGGUGUCAGUAUGACGCAAUGGUAUAAUUUGCAUAAUUGGUUAUGAUGUCUGUAUUUUUAUUAAAAGUCUAAACAAAAGUGUUAUACAUAUAUAAAGUUAAAGUACCACUGAUAGUCACACACACACAAUAGGUGUGCUGAAAUUACCCUCUGCAUUUGACCCAUCCCCUUGUUCCACCCCCUGAAAGGUGAGGGGAGCAGUGAGCAGCAUUUUGGUGAUUUAACCCCCAAUUCCAACCCUUGAUGCUGAGUGCCAAGCAGGGAGGUAAUUGGUCACAUUUUUAUAGUCUUUGGUAUGACUCGGCCGGGGUUCGAACUCACGACCUACCAAUCUCAGGGCGGACACUCUAACCACAUUUAAGAGCAAAUCUGUGUUAACUGUUAGAAUAAUUGUAUCUAAGUUAUCACAAAACUUUGUGUUUCAAUGAGUUCCCGGCGAGCAGACAAAAGCUGUCUUCGAACCUACCAAGAAGAAGGCUUGUAAAACUCCACUGUGUAGGAUGGGAAGCAACAUGAAGGUGUUCUGUUUCUUUCUUCUAUUGUAAUCCACAGAAAGAUUUAGUUUUGACCAAAGAACUACAAAGUGGAGAAGAAGCAGGGCCUGACUCCCCUCAAGGCGACCUCUUCUUUUAACAGUUUUACAACCUUUUUUCUGAACUGUUUACGACCUUUUCUUUGAACUGUUCUGUAAUCAAAGGCGAUGGCUGUUUACGACCCCAGUCCCUUAGAAACAGCUGUUGCCAUGUAAUCAGGGAAAGUCCAAAUAAAAGAGGUGGCGUACAAUCUUUAGCCAGAGCGUGAUGGAGACUGUACAAGAGU